CAGAGCCAGCCACUGCAAGCGCACCGUGCUCUGAUCCAUCAAUGGCCCGGGACGACACGCUGCGUGGCCAUGGCGCCGGAGCCGCCGCCGGAGUUGCGCCGGAGCGUGCGCGGCUGCACGUGGCGAUGCUGUCGCUGCAGUUCGGGUACGCGGGGUUCCACGUGGUGUCGAGGCUGGCGCUCAACAUGGGCGUCAGCAAGCUCGUCUUCCCCGUCUACCGCAACCUCAUCGCGCUCUGCCUCCUCGCCCCCUUCGCCUACUACCUCGAGAAGAAGGACAGGCCCGCCAUGACGCCCGGCCUCCUGCUCCAGUUCUUCCUGCUCGCGCUCUGCGGGAUCACCGCGAACCAGGGCUUCUACCUGCUGGGCCUCGACAACACGUCGCCGACCUUCGCCUCGGCCAUCCAGAACUCCGUGCCCGCCAUCACCUUCGCCAUGGCCGCCGCGCUGGGGAUUGAGCGCGUCAGCCUCCGCCGCCUGGACGGCCUCGCCAAGGUGGCCGGCACCGCGCUCUGCGUCGCGGGCGCCUCCGUCAUCACGCUCUUCAAGGGCCCCGCCGUCUUCGGCCCAGCUGCCGCGCUCGACGUCGCGCACCACCACCAGCCUGCUGCGCCGGCGAGCGGCGGCGGCGGCAAGAGCUGGAUGCUGGGGUGCUUGUACCUGAUGGGCCACUGCGUGUCGUGGUCCGGGUGGCUGGUGCUGCAGGCGCCCGUGCUGAAGCGCUACCCGGCGCGCCUCUCCGUCACCUCCUACACCUGCCUCUUCGGCCUGCUCCAGUUCCUCGCCGUUGCCGCCGUCGCCGAGCGCGACGCCGCCGCCUGGGCGCUCGGCUCCGGCGCCGAGCUCCUCACCGUCCUCUACGCGGGCCUGGUGGCGUCGGGCGUGGCGUUCGCCGUGCAGACGUGGUGCAUCGACCGCAGCGGCCCCGUGUUCGUGGCCGUGUACCAGCCCGUGCAGACGCUCCUCGUCGCCGUCAUGGCGUCGCUCAUCCUCGGCGAGCGCUUCUACCUCGGAGGGAUCAUCGGGGCAGUUCUCAUCAUCGCCGGGCUGUACCUGGUGCUCUGGGGCAAGAGCGAGGAGCGGGCGCUCGCUGCUAAAGAAGACGCCGCCGCUGCUGCCGGCACCAUUUGUGACGAGGCGGCUGCUGCUUCCUGCUUGAAGCAGCCACUGCUCCCGCCGGCGACCUCGGAGGCCGUGUGAUCCGGUCCAAUCAUGGGGCACUCAAACUGAUGCUACCAUGUACUUGUCUAGCAGUAGCUGUAGUUCGUCACAUGUUCAGUGCUACCCUUUUGUCAUUAAACUGUAGACUGUAACGGUGUACGGAUUGAUUAAAUUUAAUUACUUGUUGGGUAGAGAGAUUGCCAUGGAAUUUUUUUUGAAUGAACAGAGUGCCGUGGAACAUUCUCAGA